AGGAAAUGUUUCGGAAGUGUACACGCUAAGGUAGGAGGAAAUGAGAGCAAAGGGAUGGAGCAAUUAUCCCUUUUUGACAGCCUAUUGGUGAAUAUACAGUUCCACACAAAAUACCAAGCACACACUGACUGGUGCACUGUCGUCGUUUGACAUCCAGUAACGUUAGCGGUAAUCGUGAAAGGGUGGUUGCUGAUACAUUAGGGACCAGGGCUAGCUGUGGGUCUGGUGGUGAGACUGAGCCAUACCUCCUGCCCCGCUGAAUAGUGUGUGUGAGAGAGGCGACUGGAGGGGGAGGCAAGUGCCAUGCUCCAGGGGUGAGGCGGGAGAGAGAGAGAGAGACACGCACACACAGGGCUCAGGGGUGGUGGGUGAGGUUGCCAAGGAGAUGAAGUUGAAACAGCGCGUGGUGUUGCUGGUUGCUGUGCUACUCCUGUUGGGGCUGGCCAAAUUCUUUCUGCUGGAUGGAGGAGAGGGGUCCGCAGCCAGUCGACGAGACCUCCGGGCCUUCCGCAAGAUGGAGGCAGGCCUGUCUCUCUCACGCGGUGACCGGCUAACACACACCCUCCAGUCUCCAUGGGAGGUGGCAAACCAAUGGGUGGGCCCCAGGGAGGUGUACCCUGAGGAGACCCCCGAGCUGGCAGCCGUCCUCUCCGCGCUGGGCACUGCCCGAGUGGAGCGGGCAGAUGUGGGCUACAAGGGCACCCAGCUCAAAGCUCUACUAAUACUGGACGGGGGGCAGAAGGUGGUCUUCAAACCCAAGAGGUAUAGUAGAGGCUAUGUGGUAGAAGGAGAGCCGUAUGCAGGUUAUGACAGACACAACGCAGAGGUGGCAGCAUUUCACCUGGACAGGAUCCUGGGUUUCAGAAGAGCACCCCUAGUGGUCGGGAGGUUUGUCAACCUGAGGACUGAAAUCAAACCUGUCGCUACGGACCAGCUACUCAGUACCUUUCUAAUGCAGGGUAAUAAUAGUUGUUUCUAUGGGAAGUGUUACUACUGUAGAGAGAGUGAACCUGCAUGUGCGGAGGGAGAUAUGAUGGAGGGAUCGGUAACUCUCUGGCUGCCAGACGUCUGGCCUCUCCAGAAACACAGACACCCCUGGGGACGCACCUACAGGGAGGGCAAACUGGCCAGGUGGGAGUAUGAUGAGAGCUACUGUGAUGCGGUGAAGAAGAUGCCUCCGUACGACGCCGGUCCCAGACUGCUGGACGUCAUAGACACAGCCAUCUUUGAUUACCUCAUAGGCAACGCCGACCGACAUCACUACGAGAGUUUCCAAGACGACGGAGGAGCCAGCAUGCUCAUCCUGCUGGAUAACGCCAAGAGUUUUGGGAAUGCAGCUCUGGAUGAAAGAAGCAUUCUGGCCCCUAUAUAUCAGUGUUGCAUGGUGCGUGUGUCUACGUGGAACAGGUUGAACCUGCUGAGAGCUGGGGCUCUGAGUUCAGCCCUAAGACAGGCCCUGACCUUUGACCCCAUUAACCCUGUCCUGGCCGAGCCCCACCUGGCUGCCCUGGACAGACGGCUGUCUGGUGUCAUAGCAACCAUCCAGCAGUGUGUGGAGUCGCUGGGCCCCGACAACACACUGAUAGAGGACCGCAUGAUCCUGCCACACCCCUAGAAAAGGACAGGAGGGAGGAAGGAGGAGGGAAAGGAUAACCUGUCUCGCCUCGAGGGAGAGAGGGUUGAGCCAUGGGAGGAGCUGGAUGAUCCACCCCUCCUCCUCUCUUGGCCCCCCAGAAAGGAACAGGAAAUGACCCCAGCAGCAGGAAGUGACUUGAUAAAGGACUGGGUGUUGAGUCCUCUACAAACUGUUCCCGUCCACGCUAGGACCAACUCCAUACCUAACUCUUUCCUGACGUCUCCAGUCACACACUCUGCCAGAACCUCUCUCUCCAUCCAGUGUAAAGGAGGGAACCAAGGCCAAAGUACUCAACCCAAAGACACUCAGAAUAGCGGGGGGGGGUUCCAUACACCCCCCCCCCCCCCCCCUCCUAUCUGGACACAAUCCACUGGACAGACAGUGGCGAGAGAGAGACUGGCCAACUGACCAUGGGGGGGCAGGAGGGGGAUUUUGGGGUCAGUCUGAUUGUGACAAACAGAUGUGUCUGUAUCCAAAAUGGCAUCCUAUUCCCUGUAUAGUGCAAAGGCUCCAAAAGUAGUGCACUGUAUAUAGAGGGAAUUUGCUGCCAUUUCACAUCUGCUCGAUGUGAGCAGUCUGACCAGUGACUACGGAUGCUAUUCCACAUAUUGCACUAGUUCCGGCCCCUGUUUCUCAGACCCAAUCCCUGGACUAAAAGCACUUUCAGUAGAGAUUCUUUAUACAUGCCAUAAAGAGAUCAAUGGAACGCAGACCGUGGGGGAUAGAAGAGGGACACUGUCAUUGGUGCCCAUUCCAAAAAUCGAACAAAGUGGAUAUUCGUCAAUUCUCUCAUGAUGUACACUGAAUGUAGAAAACAUUAGGAACAUCUUCUUAAAAUUGAGUUGCACCCCUCCCCCCUCCUUUUUGCCAUCAGAACAGCCUCAAUUCAUUCGUCAGGGCAUGGACUCUACAAGGUGUCAAGUGUUCCACAGGGAUUCUGGUUAACGCCAAUGCUUCCUACAGUUGUCAAGUUGGCUGGACUUCCUUAGGUUGGUGGACCAUUCUUGAUAAACACGGGAAACUGUUGAACGUGAAAAACACAGUGGCGUUGCAGUUCUAGAUACACUUAAACCGGUGCACCUGGCCCCUACUACCAUACUACUACUACUACCGCCUGGCCCCUCCUACCAUACUACUACUACUACUACUACUACUACUGCCUGGCCCCUACUACCAUACUACUACUACCGCCUGGCCCCUCCUACCAUACUACUACUACCGCCUGGCCCCUACUACCCUACUACUACCGCCUGGCCCCUACUACCCUACUACUACCGCCUGGCCCCUACUACCAUACUACUACUACCACCGCCUGGCCCCUACUACCAUACUACUACUACUACUACUACUACCGCCUGGCCCCUACUACCAUACUACUACUACCGCCUGGCCCCUCCUACCAUACUACUACUACCGCCUGGCCCCUACUACCAUACUACUACCGCCUGGCCCCUACUACCCUACUACUACCGCCUGGCCCCUACUACCAUACUACUACCGCCUGGCCCCUACUACCAUACUACUACUACUACUACUACCACCGUCUGGCCCCUACUACCAUACUACUACUACUACUACUACUACUACCGCCUGGCCCCUACUACCAUACUACUACUACUACCGCCUGGCCCCUACUACCAUACUACUACUACUACCGCCUGGCCCCUACUACCAUACUACUACUACUACCGCCUGGCCCCUACUACCAUACUACUACUACUACCGCCUGGCCCCUACUACCAUACUACUACUACUACUACCGCCUGGCCCCUACUACCAUACUACUACUACUACUACUACCGCCUGGCCCCUACUACCAUACUACUACUACUACUACUACCGCCUGGCCCCUACUACCAUACUACUACUACUACCGCCUGGCCCCUACUACCAUACUACUACUACUACUACUACCGCCUGGCCCCUACUACCAUACUACUACUACCGCCUGGCCCCUACUACCAUACUACUACUACUACUACUACUACCGCCUGGACCCUCCUACCAUACUACUACUACUACUACUACUACUACUACUACCGCCUGGCCCCUCCUACCAUACUACUACUACCGCCUGGCCCCUCCUACCAUACUACUACUACCGCCUGGCCCCUCCUACCAUACUACUACUACCGCCUGGCCCCUCCUACCAUACUACUACUACCGCCUGGCCCCUCCUACCAUACUACUACUACCGCCUGGCCCCUCCUACCAUACUACUACUACCGCCUGGCCCCUCCUACCAUACUACUACCGCCUGGCCCCUCCUACCAUAUUACUACUACCGCCUGGCCCCUCCUACCAUACUACUACUACCGCCUGGCCCCUCCUACCAUACUACUACUACCGCCUGGCCCCUCCUACCAUACUACUACCGCCUGGCGCCUCCUACCAUACUACUACCGCCUGGCCCCUCCUACCAUAUUACUACUACCGCCUGGCCCCUCCUACCAUACUACUACUACCGCCUGGCCCCUCCUACCAUACUACGACUACCGCCUGGCCCCUCCUACCAUACUACGACUACCGCCUGGCCACUCCUACCAUACUACGACUACCGCCUGGCCACUCCUACCAUACUACGACUACCGCCUGGCCACUCCUACCAUACUACGACUACUACCGCCUGGCCCCUCCUACCAUACUACGACUACUACCGCCUGGCCCCUACUACCAUACUACUACUACUACCGCCUGGCCCCUACUACCAUACUACUACUACUACCGCCUGGCCCCUACUACCAUACUACUACUACUACCGCCUGUAUUGGGGUUGACAUCCAUACCAGCAUUAUACUCCGAUUUUUACCCCAACAUAGUUUGAAAUACACAUUGAAAUACACAUGUAAUACACAUGUAAAAACAUUUUGAUGGCCGGCAAUGAGGAGAUUCUGGAUUUAUACCCCACGGAGGGACUAAAGGAACAAGCCUUUGGGGCUCUGGUCAGGACUGGUGCACUAUGUGAGGAAUAGGGGGCCAUUUGAGAUAUGACCAGUGUGUACAUACUGAACUAACUGUUGAAUAGCAUAAGAGUAUAAUUGAGAAUUAUAAUAUUAAAGAAACCUAAUUUAGUGUCAAGUUUGGAUGGUGUGUGUGUGUGUACGUUUUUGCGUGUGGUGUGUGUGUCUGUGUGCAUGAGUCCAAUGUUUCCCCCAAUUUUUUUUUUCUUUUUCAGAAGUGGAAAAGGUCGUGGGGGGUGGGGCAGACACAGGGGACAUGCGCCGUGCCGCCCCCCCCCCCCCCCGGACAGUUUUUAGAAGGACUGUGAGAAAGUAAUUUCUUUUUAAAAGGACGUUCUACUCUAAAAUGAAUGAACAUCUAAUUAUCCCAACACCAUCUGUCUAUGAUCUCCCCCCAUAAAUGAGCCCAAUAACAUAUUGCAAAAAAAAAUGUUUAGGGCUGACUCUUACCAUAGCCUAUACAUGGCACCAUACCAUAUUAUCAGGCAAGUGUGCUAUUAGCAAUAAGCACUUUUUCUGGAUUAAAACAGGACUACUUUCCUGCAAUUAUAUACAUUUUUCCAUGGAGCUGACAUAAAAUGUGGCAAUGUGAAAGCUAAUUUCCUGCAAUUCUAUACAUUUUGCAACUGACAAAGAAAGAAUUUGGGAAAUUGAGGGGGUUGCUGGGAAGUUUGGGACUAUGUAUGUUUUCAACAUUAAAAAUUAUUUAAAUUU